AUGUCUCAAUCCAAGCCCGGCCCCGGGAAGAACGCGUCUGGGUUCGCCGCGCGCGCAAAACCUAGGACGUCCGCAACUAGCGUACCGGCUGUCAAGACUCCCAGCAAGACUUCGUCGUCUGCACCCGCAUCUGCGUCGAAGCCUGGCCAGAACGCCACCACGACGCCUCGCGCGAAGAGGCAAAGGGUGGAAGUCGCCUUGGAUGUUAACGCUCGUUCAUCUUCGCACAAGGCUCGACCCGUAUCGAAUGGUACCAACACGCUGCCGACUCCUCCCACGCCCUCGACUUCUAGCUCUGCGCCCGGCCCUUCCAAGGCUUCGACCUCGCGUACCCUGAAACGCAAGAGCUCCGCACUCGACAACCGGCCCGUUUCUGAACCCCAGACACCUAGCAGCACGUCUCGCCCAGAUCCUUCGAACCCUCCGCUCGAAGUCGAAGUAUGGAAGAAGGAACUCCGGCGGUUGUACUCGACAGACUGUACGCUGCCCGAAGCGGAGAUCCGUGCCACUCUGCAAGAUCUUGUAGCCAGGCUGCACGAUGAGAAGGCAAAGAAGACCGUGCUGAAGUACGUUGCUGACCGCGUCGACCUUUUACAAGAUGAUCACGACAACGCGCGGGAGAAAGAGGAAGACAUUGGCACCGAGCUGGAGGAGGCUCUCAAGGCCCUAGAGAACGCGAGGAAGAAGGUUGAGGCUUUGCGAUUGAAAGAGGUUGGUGCGAAGAGGGAGUCCGAGGUUGAGAAUGCGAAGCUCGCCAGGGUCGUGAAUGUUCGCGACGUAUUGCGCGAGCUCAUCCAGGAUCAAGCUGAAGACGAACCGGAGGUGGCCGGUACCAGUCGUGGUGAAGCGCCAGCGUCCAAUGGCGGUGCUCAAGAUGCGGCGCCGCGUCAGAAUGCUAAAACCGCUGCCGCUGCGCCUCGGCUCGUCGAGGGAAAAUGUGCAGACAUCAUCCAGACGUAUAACUCGAUCUACAUCUCAGGGCGCAACAACACCCUCCCGACGCCACAGCGCACGUUCAAGAUCUGGAAGCUACAGACGGACGAGAGCACACCCAACGGGCCAGUGUCCAUCUCGAUCUGCACUCCCGAGAGUGUCGUAGAAGCUCCUCCGCACCUCACCUGUACAAGAUGCCGCGACGGUCCGCGCGAAAUAUACGGGUUCCCCGGAUCCAUGAGGCACACCGCUCAGCCGCGCUGUUUGUUCAAACCCAACACAAGAGCGUCGAAGCUGGCCUGUCUGGCGUGCUACCGCUCGGACAACAAGAGGCUCAACCGGUGCGGUGUUGACGAGAAGGCUGUCAAGAAGUGGCUCGACGCGGUCCGUGUCGAGCAGGGUGCGGUGGAAUCUGAGUCGGAGGAUGAGGCCGACUAG